CAGUCUCCUAGCAACAACGCCUAGACUCCGACACAGCUCUUCUCUCGAGAUCCUUACGCUCCUCUGCCCACGACCCCCCACUGGGGACUACCGAAGCCCCUCUGCACCCCUCAAACUCCAGACCCGUCAUCUCGAUUUACUUUUGUCUUCUACCCCGCCUCAUUAAUUUGGUCUGAAUCAACAUUUUUCCUUGUCCCUCAAGUCUCCGAACUUUUCUCAUACCAUCCUGGGUUUCGCCAUCCCGGGGACUAAGUUGCUCUGCUUCCUUUCGUUUUUAUCCCGCGCCAGGCCAGUAGCCGUUAGAUCAUGGCCGGAGCUAAUCUUGCCCAGAGUCCAGAAGAAGGAGGCGUGUGCAUUACUGAAGCCCUUAUCACUAAGCGGAACUUGGCCUUCCCUGAGGAUGAGGAUCUGUCAGAGAAGAUGUUUCACACUCUUGCUGAACUGCAGACUGUCCGCCUGGACCGGGAGGGGAUUACUGCUAUCAGGAACCUCGAGGGCCUCCAGAAUCUCCACAGCCUCUAUCUGCAAGCGAAUAAGAUCCAGCGAAUUGAAAACCUGGCCUGCGUCCCCUCCUUGCGCUUCCUGUCUCUGGCAGGAAACCAAAUCAGGCAGGUGGAAAACCUCCGUGACCUCCCACAUCUCCAGUUUCUGGACCUUUCUGAGAACCUGAUAGGAACACUGAAGCUGGAUGAAUUCCCCCAGAGCCUUCUCAUCCUCAACCUGACGGGCAACAGCUGCACCAACCAGGAAGGGUACAGGGAGCUGGUGACAAAAGCCCUGCCACUGCUCUUGGACCUGGACAAGCAACCUGUGUCAGAGCGCUGGGCCUCGGACGAGGAGGAUAAAGACUCGAGCGACGAGGAUGAAGAGUUCCCGGAGCUGAGUGGUCCGUUCUGCGCAGAGCGAGGUUUCCUCAAGGAACUGGAGCAGGAGGUGAGCAGACACAUGGAGCACAGGCAGCAGGCAGCCCUGACCGAGCACCUGCUGAGGAUGGAGACAAAGCCCGUCCUCACUGACCUCCCCGAGCUGCUCGGGGGGCCCCUGGCUAGGGACAGCAGUCCCUCUGUCACUCCCAGGCAAAGGAAGGAGACACCCCCCAAGCCCGCCUCCUUGCCACAAGCCACCUCUGCCACCAAGAAACCCUGCCAUCCGGUUUCCAGCCAGCAAAGCACUGUCCAGGCAAAGAAGGGGGUCCAAGCUGCCACAGGCCCCAAGGCCUCCCUGGCUGGGGCUCCCAACACAACCAAAACUGUGACCAAACGAGUCAAGAAAUGAAGUGCAGCCCCUCCCCCUCCCUAUCAGCAACACCACAGGAACAGGAGCGGGGAAGAGCAGGGGGUCAAGUGGGGCCUCCCCUCCUUCUCAGGCCCCCUCUCCUGUGAGCCCAUCCCAAUAAAAUGUCUCUGAAUGUG